UGCGGCUUGCAGUUGGCUUUUGAAUUGGCAACACACUUACCCAACGACAGCGAAGCAGCUAAGAUGACAGCAAAGCGCAGCAGGAGCAGAAGCUACCAACUGGUGGCACCCGAUGGCGGCUGGGGCAUCUUGGUGUGCAUAGGCAUGGCGCUGCCCUUUAUCAGCGCUUUGGCUGCGCUGCCAUCCUUUGGACUCGUGUUCGGUGAUUUCCUGAAGAGCAUUGGCGCCGAGACGAGCGCCAUUGCAAUCAUAACCAGCACCUUCUUCUGCGCCAUGAGCUUUGCUGGGCUCUUCUCGGGCUCGCUCUUUCGACGCUACGGCCUGCGUCCGGUGGGCCUGGUGGGUGGCGCUCUCUACACUUUGGGCACGGGCGCGCAGCUGUUUGCCAACUCGACACUGCAGCUGACCUUGGCCUUUAGCCUGCUGCAGGGCACGGGCUUUGGACUGAUGGUGCCCACCAGCUACACUUCGUUCAACAACUACUUUGUCAAGAAUCGCGUCAUGUGGAUGAGCUUUGCCCAGACGCUCAUUGGCCUGGGCUCCAUGCUGUAUCCGAUUGUGAUGCAGAAGCUGAUGGCCUGGUACGGAUUUCGUGGCUGUUUGCUCAUACUGACGGGCAUCAAUGCGCAUGCAGUGCUGGGCAUGCUGCUGAUGCAUCCGGUGGAGUGGCAUAUGCGUCGCGUGCCGCUGCCGGAGGAGGCGCAGCCCAUGCAGUCUGCCGUGGUGGUGCAUGUGCAGCCGGAGACGCCGCUCAAGCCCAUAGCAGAGCUGGACUUUAGUGCUGCUCCCAAGCCUGCAAUUGCGCUAGACUCGUUGCCUGUUUCGCAUUUCGGUUCACGGCGUGUCUCGCGCCAGGAGGAGCAUGUGCUUAAGCUUAUUUCCAGUCGUGCCUCCAGCAUUACCAGCCUGGGCAACUGGUCGGGACCGGUGGUGGUUAGCGAUGCGUCGCCACAAAUGCUCCACAGCCUGCAGGCUUCGCGACGCCAUUCUGUUGUCAGCGGCAGCGCUGCCGCAGCGCCAGUCAGCAAUGGUGGCCAGGGAGUCGUGGCGCCGCUUGAGCACAAGCGCAGCUUAUGCGGCGCCAUUGUGGACUUCUUGGAUCUGACGCUGCUCAAGAAGCCAAUCUAUGUUAACAUAGUGCUCGGCAUUACGUUUGCACUCUACUCGGACAUAUCCUUCUUUACCAUACAGCCAUCGUAUCUGUUUGAAUUGGGUUACAGCAAGGUGCAAACGGCAAAUGUUAUUGCCAUUGGAGCUGCUGCAGAUUUGAUAUCUCGAAUUUUUCUAGCCGUGACUGCAGUUUUUAUACAAGUGCCUUCACGCUAUAUUUAUUUAGGUGGCGCACUUUUCACGGUCUUUGCUAGAUUUGCAUUUAAUGAUAUAACUGAUUUUGUGGGCAUGGCCAGCAUAACGGCCGUUAUGGGUUUCCUACGCACUUGGAUACAUGUGCCUUUGCCUUUGGUUUUUGCCGAUUACUUAUCGAAAGAGCGCUAUGCCAGUGGCUAUGGCUUGUUUAUGUUUAUACAAGGCAAUGCUAUGUUUAUAAUCGGACCUAUUGUGGGCUAUAUACGCGAUCGCACGCAAAACUAUUUGCUUGUCUUUAACAUAUUAAACAUUUUCAUGAUUUUGUGUGCUGUCCCCUGGAUCCUGGAGCUGUUGUAUGUAAAGUUUCGACGUCGCAACAAGCUCGAACGUAAUAAUGUAUGUGAGCAGCAAAAUGGCACUGCAGUAGCACAUUAAGCUAUUUAAAUAUUGUAUAUGAGUAUUAAAUUGUUGUCAUAAAUGUAAGUGUCUAUUUGCUAAAUAAAUUUGUCGUUCAGAAUUUCAAAGC